AUGCCCUCUUGGCCCAAUCUCUCGGAGUGCCUCUCCCAUAACUGCAGCUGGGGGGAGACUCACAACGCCACACAGGACGCUGACCUCGGCCUGCCUCCUCUUAACUACUACUCAAUCCCUCUCCUUACGGCCAUCACCAUCGCCUGCACGCUGCUGUUUCUGAUCGGGGUGACUGGGAAUGUCAUGACCAUUUUGGUGGUCAGUAAAUAUCGGGACAUGCGAACUACCACUAACCUUUACCUGUGUAGCAUGGCCGUAUCUGACCUGCUCAUCUUCCUCUGUAUGCCCCUAGACCUCUACCGGAUGUGGAGAUACAGGCCCUGGCGGUUUGGGGCUGCACUCUGCAAGCUCUUUCAAUUCGUAUCAGAGUCCUGCACCUACUCCACCAUCCUGAGCAUCACUGCGCUCUCAGUGGAGCGCUACAUGGCGAUUUGUUUCCCUCUGCGCGCCAAGGCCCUGGUUACCAAAAGGCGGGUGCGUGGCCUGAUUCUUCUACUCUGGACUGUGUCUCUAUUGAGCGCCGGACCUGUGUUUGUCAUGGUGGGAGUGGAGCGUGACAGCAUGGGGCCAGAUUUCAGCUCGGAGAUGAAUGAGACUGGCUUCUUCCUGGAGGCAGGAGACACCAGGGAGUGUAAGAUGACGCAUUACGCAGUGGAGUCUGGCCUGAUGGGAGCCAUGGUGUGGUUGAGCUCUGUUUUCUUCUUCAUGCCGGUCUUCUGUCUCACAGUACUCUACAGCCUCAUUGGCCGACGGCUGUGGCAGAGACACAGAGAGACAACCAUCAACUCCCGUGUGGCUCACCGGGACAAAAGCAACAGACAGACCAUCAAGAUGCUGGUGGUAGUGGUGUUGGCCUUCGUCCUGUGCUGGUUGCCGUUCCACGUGGGUCGCUACCUGCAGUUCCGCUCUCUGGACGCUCCCUCUCCGCUACUGUCUGUGUUGUCCGAGUACUGCAGUCUGGUGUCAGUGGUCCUCUUCUACCUGAGUGCCGCCAUCAACCCCAUCCUCUAUAACAUCAUGUCCUGGAAGUACCGGGGCGCAGCAGCGCGCCUCUUCGGCCUGACUGACAGCCAGCCAGCACGAGGCCGCACAGCCAGCACCAUGAAGGGAGACGGCUCAAAUGUCUGGACUGAAUCCACAGUCAGCUUUUAAACAAACGGCUGUAAAAAUCAGUCAUAUGUUGAUAACGCUGAUCUAAAAGCCAUUAUUUCUGAAAGGCCGAAGAAAAACUGCUCUGUAGCUACGUGACUGCGGGACUUGCCUUUAUGUGACUGGGACUAAAAGAAGCAGAAGAGAGCCACACACAGCUGCAAGCCUCCGCUUUAUCAACAUGCACCAAUCGCACUUCGACUUUUUGUUUAUUGUCUUGUUGGAUUAUUUCAGCAAGUGCCAUUCAGUAUUCAUAUAACACGCUCAGCUGCAUUUCAAAAGCACCACUGGUGGAGUGCAAAAUACACACCAGCUUGAAGUGCUUGUAUUGAUCCAAAUGUGAGCAAAACAGGGGCGCGCGUGCCCGUACACACGCACACAUAUAAAUAUGAUACACAUCUACAAUAUUGCCUUAUAUUGUAUUCAUACUCUGGAUGACAAAGAAAGCACUGUAGAACCUGUGGCACUGCUCUGUACUCCUUCAGAGAGGGGCAGAAGUGCUGUGUGUGUG